AUGACGGCAGAACUCCCUACUUUGGACACUAUCUUGGAUUCUGCGACCUGUGCGCAAAAGGGACUAUGUGCCGUUGCUAAUGGUCGCGCUAGGAAGCCCCGACAGCUCUAUUACGAAGUUCAUGGGGACUUACAAGCUACCCAAAAGAUGGUGUUAAUCAUGGGUCUCAACUUUACCUGUUCUGCCUGGUCAGAACAAGUCCGCCAUUUCGGGAGAAAGCCCGAUCAUGCAGUUUUAGUUUUUGAUAAUCGAGGCGUAGGAAACAGCGAUUGUGGUUCAAUGGAGCCUUACAAAACGUCUGAAAUGGCCAAAGAUGCCUUGGACCUCUUGAACUUCUUAAAAUGGGAUCAAGAUCGCUCAAUCCACGUCUUUGGUGUCUCUUUGGGUGGAAUGAUUUCUCAGGAAUUAUCUCUCUUGAUCCCUUCACGCAUUAAAUCGAUGACUUUGAUCAGCACCCGAUCUGGAAAUGCUUUUGACUUCCCUUCGCUGAGUAUCCUCAAAAUGUUUUCGAAAGUCUCAAUGAAGGCCGUGACGUAUGAGCAAGGACUGGACUUGAUGAUGGAUUUCCUUUUUCCGGAUGCGUACUUGAACCAGCCAACGACGGAGGGACGAACCCGAAAAGACGAGCUUCGUGACUUUUUCAAAUCCUGGCACAACAGACCACGCAGACAGUCACCCGCCGGAGCUCUUGGUCAAGUCUGCGCUGCAGUCGGUCAUCACUGUUCGGAUUCAAAUCUAGAGAAAAUCAGUCAAACCUUAUCUCCUGGCAAGAUAGCAGUCGUCUUGGGCGACAGAGAUGAAAUGAUCUAUGCUGUCAGGUCGUUGCAAUUACAAGACCGAUUGCCAGGUUCCGAAUUAGUUGUUUUCAAGGACGGAGGCCAUGCACUCAGCUGCCAAUUCAGUAAAGACUUCAACAUGCUCAUGGAAAGGAUUAUGAUGGAAGGCAACCAAGCCUUCGCGUUUAAAAAACAACCCAAACACAUCUAA